CCCGCGCCGCCGCCCCGGGGCCCGAAGCGGAAACUUUACAGCGCCGUCCCCGGCCGCAAGUUCAUCGCCGUGAAGGCGCACAGCCCGCAGGGCGAGGGCGAGAUCCCGCUGCACCGCGGCGAGGCCGUGAAGGUGCUCAGCAUUGGGGAGGGCGGUUUCUGGGAGGGGACCGUGAAAGGCCGCACGGGCUGGUUCCCGGCCGACUGCGUGGAGGAGGUGCAGAUGAGACAGUAUGACACAAGGCACGAAACCCGGGAGGACCGGACGAAGCGACUUUUCCGUCACUACACGGUGGGCUCCUAUGACAGCCUCACUUCACACAGCGAUUAUGUCAUUGACGACAAGGUGGCCAUCCUGCAGAAACGGGACCAUGAGGGCUUUGGUUUUGUGCUCCGGGGGGCCAAAGCAGAGACCCCCAUCGAGGAGUUCACGCCCACGCCAGCCUUCCCAGCGCUGCAGUAUCUCGAGUCGGUGGAUGUGGAGGGUGUGGCCUGGAGGGCCGGGCUGCGCACGGGAGACUUCCUCAUCGAGGUGAACGGGGUGAACGUGGUGAAGGUCGGACACAAGCAGGUGGUGGCUCUGAUCCGCCAGGGCGGGAACCGCCUCAUCAUGAAGGUUGUGUCGGUGACAAGGAAGCCAGAAGAAGAUGGGGCUCGGCGCAGAGCCCCGCCGCCCCCCAAGAGGGCUCCUAGCACCACGCUGACCCUGCGCUCCAAGUCCAUGACGGCUGAGCUUGAGGAACUUGAGAAACUGGAUGAGAUCCUGGCAGCCGCCGCAGAGCCAACACUGAGGCCAGACAUCGCAGAUGCCGACUCAAGAGCCGCCACUGUCAAACAGCGGCCCACUAGUCGGAGGAUCACCCCUGCUGAGAUCAGCUCAUUGUUUGAGCGCCAGGGCCUCCCAGGCCCAGAGAAGCUGCCGGGCUCCUUGCGGAAGGGGAUUCCACGGACCAAGUCUGUAGGCGAGGAUGAGAAGCUGGCGUCCCUGCUGGAGGGCCGCUUCCCGCGGAGCACUUCGAUGCAGGAUACUGUCCGCGAGGGCCGCGGCAUCCCGCCCCCGCCGCAGACCGCGCCGCCGCCCCCGCCCACUGCCUACUACUUCGACUCCGGGCCGCCCCCCGCCUUCUCGCCGCCGCCUCCGCCGAGCCGCGCCUACGACACUGUGCGCUCGAGCUUCAAACCCGGCCUAGAGGCGCGCCUGGGCGCGGGGGCCACGGGCCUGUAUGAUUCCGCCGCGCCCCUGGGGCCGCUGCCCUACCCCGAGCGGCAGAAGCGCGCGCGCUCCAUGAUCAUCCUGCAGGACUCGGCGCCCGAGGCGGGCGACGCCCCUCGGCCCCCGCCAGCGGCUACCCCGCCAGAGCGCCCAAAGCGCCGGCCGCGGCCGCCAGGCCCCGACAGUCCCUACGCCAACCUGGGCGCCUUCAGCGCCAGCCUCUUCGCGCCAUCCAAGCCUCAGCGCCGUAAGAGCCCGCUGGUGAAGCAGCUGCAGGUGGAGGAUGCUCAGGAGCGUGCGGCCCUGGCAGUGGGCAGCCCUGGGCCCGGCGGCGGCAGCUUUGCUCGCGAGCCCUCCCCGACACACCGCGGGCCUCGUCCGAGCGGACUCGACUAUGGCCCUGGGGACGGCCCCGGGCUCGCAUUCGGCGGCCCAGGCCCGGGCAAGGACCGACGGCUGGAGGAGCGGCGCCGCUCCACCGUGUUCCUGUCGGUGGGAGCCAUCGAGGGCAGCUCCCCAAGCACGGAUCUGCCCUCCCUGCAGCCCUCCCGCUCCAUCGACGAGCGCCUUCUGGGGCCUGGCGCCACCCCUGGCCGAGACCUGCUGCUGCCCUCUCCUGUCUCUGCUCUGAAGCCAUUGGUCAGCGGCCCGAGCCUUGGGCCUUCGGGCUCCACCUUCAUCCACCCGCUCACUGGCAAACCCCUGGACCCCAGCUCGCCCCUGGCCCUUGCCCUGGCCGCCCGCGAGCGGGCUCUGGCCUCCCAGGCACCCUCCCGGUCCCCCACGCCUGUGCACAGCCCUGACACAGACCGCCCUGGGCCCCUGUUUGUGGAUGUCCAGGCCCGCGACUCUGAGCGAGGAGCCCUGGCCUCUCCAGCAUUCUCCCCGAGGAGCCCAGCCUGGGUUCCAGUGCCUGCUCGCAGGGAGCCGGAGAAAGCUCCUCGGGAGGAGCGGAAGUCACCUGAGGACAAGAAGUCCAUGAUCCUCAGCGUCCUGGACACGUCCCUGCAGCGGCCAGCAGGCCUUAUUGUCGUGCAUGCCACCAGCAAUGGGCAGGAGCCCAGUGGGCUGGGGGCUGAAGAGGAGCACCCGGGCACCCCAGAGCUGGCCCCGGCCCCCACGCAGUCAGCAGUAGUGGCAGAGCCCCUGCCUAGCCCCCGGGCCCAGCCCCCUGGCAGCACCCCGACAGACUCUGGGCCAGGGCAGGGCAGCUCAGAGGAGGAGCCAGAGCUGGUAUUUGCUGUGAACCUGCCGCCCGCCCAGCUGUCCUCCAGUGACGAGGAGACCAGAGAGGAGCUGGCCCGCAUUGGUCUGGUGCCACCCCCCGAAGAGUUUGCCAAUGGGGUCCUGCUGGCCACCCCACUUCCUGGCCCAGGUCCCUCACCCACCACGGUGCCAGGCCCGGCCUCAGGGAAGCCGAGCAGCGAGCCGCCCCCCGCCCCCGAGUCUGCUGCAGACUCAGGGGUGGAGGAGGCCGACACACGCAGCUCUAGCGACCCCCACCUGGAGACCACGAGCACUAUCUCCACAGUGUCCAGCAUGUCCACCCUGAGCUCUGAGAGCGGGGAACUCACCGACACUCACACCUCCUUCGCUGACGGACACACUUUUCUACUCGAGAAGCCACCAGUGCCUCCCAAGCCCAAGCUCAAGUCCCCGCUGGGGAAGGGGCCGGUGACCUUCAGGGACCCACUGCUGAAGCAGUCCUCGGACAGCGAGCUCAUGGCCCAGCAGCACCAUGCCUCUGCUGGGUUGGCCUCUGCCGCCGGGCCUGCUCGCCCUCGCUACCUCUUCCAGAGAAGGUCCAAGCUGUGGGGGGACCCCGUGGAGAGCCGGGGGCUCCCCGGGCCCGAAGACGACAAACCAACUGUGAUCAGUGAACUCAGCUCCCGUCUGCAGCAGCUGAACAAAGAUACACGCUCCCUCGGGGAGGAGCCGGCUGGCGGCCUGGGCGGCCUGCUGGACCCUGCCAAGAAGUCGCCCAUCGCGGCAGCUCGGCUCUUCAGCAGCCUCGGUGAGCUGAGCUCCAUCUCAGCACAGCGCAGCCCUGGGGGCCCGGGCGGCGGGGCCUCCUACCCGGUGCGGCCCGGCGGCCGCUACCCUGUGGCGCGGCGCGCCCCGAGCCCAGUGAAGCCCGCGUCGCUGGAGCGGGUGGAGGGGCUGGGGGCGGGCGCGGGGGGCGCGGGGCGGCCCUUCGGCCUCACGCCUCCCACCAUCCUCAAGUCGUCCAGCCUCUCCAUCCCGCACGAGCCGAAGGAGGUGCGCUUUGUGGUGCGCAGCGUGAGCGCGCGCAGCCGCUCGCCCUCGCCGUCGCCGUUGCCCUCGCCAGCGCCUGGCCCCGGCCCCGGCCCCGGGGCCCCCGGCCCGCGCCGGCCCUUCCAGCAAAAGCCGCUGCAGCUCUGGAGCAAGUUCGACGUGGGCGACUGGCUGGAGAGCAUCCACUUGGGCGAGCACCGCGACCGCUUCGAGGACCACGAGAUCGAGGGCGCGCACCUGCCUGCGCUCACCAAGGACGACUUCGUGGAGUUGGGCGUCACGCGCGUGGGCCACCGCAUGAACAUCGAGCGCGCGCUCAGGCAGCUGGAAGGCAGCUGACGCCCCACCCUCACCCACGCCCCGGCCGCGCCCUGCCGGCAGGGCCCGCACCUCCACCCCCCGGGCCGCGGGCUCGGCCUGCCCCCAACAAUGGCGCCCGGGCCAGGAAUGUUGCAUGAAUCGUCCUGUUUGCUGUUGCUCGGAGACUUGCCCUGUACAUUGCUUAGUGCCCUCCCCGGCCGGCGAGCCCCACCCAGCACACGGUCAGGAAGGGCGCGGGCCAGGGAGGCUGGAGCCAGAGGGGAUUGGGGGUGGGGUGCUCCGGCCUGACCAUCUCCCGCACAGCUCCUGGUGGCUGCUCUCCCAGAGUGGGGGGCCUAGUCCAGCAUGCGAGGUCAGGACACACCUUGGUGACUCGGGGGGGGGGGGGAGACAUUGGGGUUCUCCGUUGGGGGCCAAGGAGCCCCCGUUUUGCAUAUUUUAAUCCACUCUAUAUUUGGAACGAGAAAAGGAACAAAUAUCUCUGUCCUUAAUAGCUUCCCUUCCCUUCCCCUCCAGUCCUCCCACUGGUUCCGCUGCGGCUGCCCAGUCUUCCAUCUCUGGCCCCUCACUGCCACUGCCACCCCACAUGGGGCGGGGGACGCUCCAGCUGGUCUGGGGUUGGCCAGGGUCCUAGUAGCCCGCCCUGGGGCCCUGGCUCGGCCCCCUCCCCUCGCUGAGCUAUAGUGUGCCCCACCGACCCUUCAGGUGCUGCUUGGAGGAGGGGCGGCAGGCAGCCAGUACUGCUGGGCACUAGCAAGGUCAGGUGGUCUGGGAGACCAUUGUCCGGGGGGGGGGAGGGCAGGGCCCUAGCACCCGCCCCUAGCCAUGUCCCUCACAGGGUCCCUCCCCAGGAGGGGUCUCGCCUCCUCCCCAGGAUGUUUGGCAACUACAGCAGAGAAGCCUCCCUGCCUCAGACCCCAAAGUCUCCUGUUCCCGCCCUGUGUGUGUGCACACGUGCGAGUGUGUGAAACUCUGGGUGUGACUGAGUGCAUGGGAGCCCUGUGUGUGCCUGAUUGGAGAGUGGUCCUAAGUGGCCACUCGGAACUAGUGUAGGGGCUUCGGAAGCAUGCACAGGGUGUGUGCGUGGGUGUGUGUCUGUGAAAGCACGCUGUCUCCACUUCCAAAGAAAGUCAGAGGCCAUCCUGCACCCUGGGACCUGCUGUUUGCUCAGCCUAUCCUUCCAGAGCCUCGUCUAGUCUGAGUGGGCCUCCUUGGUGAAGCCUUGCUGCCUGGGAGGUCCCCAAGGGCCCUUGGAGGCGGUGCCGCCACCUAUCUGGCUUCUGGGGGGAUCAUAAGGGGACCCCUAGAAUCAGGCCACCGCAAGCCCUGGGGAGAGGCAAAGACCCCAGAGGGCACCCCAGCCCCCCUUACUGUGACUCCUCACACUCAGCAAUGACCUGUGGGGUGGGGGGCCCUGGGACGUUUUUAAACCUAGGGUUUGGAGUCUGGACUAAGGUCCAUCCACGUCACUCACAAGUUUCUGUUUAUAUUUCUAGCUUUUUUUAAUAAAAAAAAAAAACCAGAAAACAGAAGUUUUCACAGCCCAGGGGCCUGGCACGCCGGUCUGUGCCCGCCCGCCCCACCCCAGCCCACCGGCCCCAUUCCCUGGGCAGAGUCACACCCAGUAACCCCUUCACCAACAGACCAGGUCACACACACACAGCAGUCACUGUAAUAGACUGCCACAUACACUCUCAGUUUCACACUCACCUGUGGGUUUUUGUUUCUGUUCAAUUUGGGUUUUUAACUUUACAGGGUCAGUUCCGCUUCACCCCUCCUUUUGUAUGGAGUUCCAUCCGGGGGAUUUCACCCCCUGCUCCAGUCCUGAGGCCUCCUGACCCUGACGUUGUGAUACACCCCACAGAGAUCUAUGUUUCUUAUAUUAUUAUUAUUGAUAAUUAUUAUAAUAUUAUUAUGUAAUAAAUUUAUAAGAAAUGAAACCA